ACGUGCGGGAGGAGCGGCUGGCGUCACGUGGAGGGGGCGCGGGGGAGGCUUCGGCGGGCGCCAUGUUGUGUGGCCCGGGCCGGGCCGGGGAUGGCGGGGGGCCGGCAGCAACUGGCUCUCGGGGGUCACGUGGUGCUCGUCAUGGCCUACGGCAGCCUGGUCUUCGUGCUGCUGUUCAUCUUCGUGAAACGCCAGAUCAUGCGCUUCGCCAUGAAGUCCCGCCGCGGCCCCCACGUGCCUGUGGGACAGCACGCGCCUAAGGAUUUAAAGGAAGAAAUCGACAUUCGGCUGUCACGGGUGCAAGACAUCAAGUACGAGCCCCGGCUGCUAGCUGAGGACGACAGCAGACUUCUGCAGCUGGAGACGCAAGGCUGCUAUAACUACCUGUACAGGAUGAAGGCGCUGGAUGCAAUUAGGACAUCCGAAAUACCAUUUCACGUGGACGGCAGAUACCCAAAGUCUUUAAUAGGGAAGAACUUCUGUGCCUACCUGCUGGAGCUGAGGAAUUCCAGCGCCUCCUUCAAAGGCAUCCGCAAAGCCUUGAUCGACACCUUGCUGGACGGGUACGAGAGCGCCCGCUACGGCACUGGGGUCUUUGGGAAACCAGAAUAUCUGAAGUACCAGGAUGCUCUGAACGAGCUGGCAAACAUGACCAAGGCCCGGGGAGGCAGCAGCCAGCGGCAGCACCAGUCAGCAGCCAAGGACCUCACUCUCUCCCCCGAAGUCUCCAACCCCGCCACCAUCCAGGUCACCUACCUGCCUUCCAGCCAGAAGAGCAAACGUGCCAAACACUUCCUGGAGCUGAAGAGCUUCAAGGACAACUACAACACGCUGGAGAGCACCCUGUGAGCGGGGCGGGGAGCGCUGCUCCGGGGACCUGCCGAGAGCAGAGCCCCUUGCUGGGUGCAGCUUAGUGUCCUGGGCGAGUUUUAGCCGCGGGUCAGCGCGCAGGCGGCGCUGGGAGGAAGCGGCCAUGCUCUUGGGCCUCCCUCUUGUGCAACGUCGGAUAUAAGAGCUCAGCGGAGGCUCCAUUUCAGCUGGUGGAGCUCACCCCGCGCCGGGAGCCCUUUUCAAAGCACUGUGCCCGCCCGCCAAACCCGGCAGGGAUCGGCCCCUGCGGCCCCCCUGCGUCAGGCUUGGGCACGCUGCGGGCGUUGUUCUGGCUUGGAGGCUGGCAGCGCCUCGGAGCCCCGGCCCUGUGAAUAAACUCUGGUUAGCUUUAGCUUAUUUAUAAGACAUCCCCCCAGCCAGCGCUCUCUUCCACCUCUCCUCUUCCCCUUGGCCGCCAGCAGGGGCUGAUGCUGGCUCUCCGUCCUGUCUGUGUUGAGCUCAGGCUUCGGAGCCGCUCGUCUCUUCUCUCCAAAGACCAAUGAAACGUUUUCCCCGUGGCACCAUCGCUGCUCUCAGCCGGGUGUGCACCAGGGGGCCUGGACGGAGUGUAAAUAGUUUGGCGGGCAGUCCUCCCCGCGGCGGGCGAGGUGCCUCUUGGGGCUGCGGUUUCCGUCCUGCAGCUGGGCGUUCGGGGACGUCUCGGGCAGACAAAUACCAGCUUCAAACGUCCUGUCUGCCCUGCCGGGGGGUUCCUCCCACUCUCACCAGCGCCUCGUAUGCCAGUGGCCACCGAGCCCAGGGGAAGGGGCUGCUGGCGGCGGGGGGAGCCCAGCUCGGGGCCGCAGCUCGCAGCCCCCGGCUCGAUGACGGCGUCCUGCCGGCAGCGCCUGCUGCUCACCGCAGCGCGUGGGGCAGGAGCUGUGCCCCUUCCCCGGGCCUCUGCACUCUUUUUAAUUGCUGUUUAAUAAAAACAACAGUUACCCCGA